UCUGCAAGCUAACCUCCCCCACUGUGCAAUAAAUCCUUGAGCUACAAAUGCAACUUCAAUUUUAGCGCGACUCAAUCGGUUUCUGAUCAAUUGGUUUAGGCAGAACACAAAUCUCUCUCAAAUCGCAAUGGAUGAUAAUGCCCAGGACGAUCUCCUGCAGUUGUUCAAACGUGUUGGAGCUUUCCUCUCUCUCAAGUUUCCCCGCGACCUGGAUUCUCGAUCAGUUGGGGCCAUAGCAGGGUUAGCAUUUGCUUUAGUGUUCACUUGGAGAAUAUUGAGAACACCUAGUGAGCCUCAAAGAAGGCAAUCAAAACGGCAAGCUCCGUCAGCGAGUAGUUCUGGUGUUCGUAGUGCUGAGACAGUAAAUGUUUUGUCUGCGGGGGCUAUUAAUCCUGUAGAGGAUUCGAGAACCCAGAAUGCUAUCGAUGAGUUCUUUCAGCCUGUAAAACCAACCCUUGGACAAAUUGUUAGGCAAAGAUUGAGCGAAGGAAGGAAGGUAACAUGUAGGUUGCUUGGUGUUAUUCUCGAGGAGAACACCCCCGAGGAACUACAGAAGCAAGCAACUGUAAGAUCAUCUGUGCUGGAGGUGCUGCUUGAGAUCACAAAAUUUUGUGACCUUUAUCUGAUGGAAAGGGUGCUUGAUGAUGAGAGUGAAAAGAAAGUCCUUGAGGCCCUGAAAGAUGCUGGGGUUUUUACAUCAGGUGGUUUAGUCAAAGAUAAGGUUCUUUUCUGUGCCACGGAGAAUGGACGGACAUCUUUUGUCAGACAGUUGGAACCAGAUUGGCACAUUGACUCGAAUCCUGAAAUUACUACCCAGCUAGCUAGAUUCAUAAAAUAUCAGCUUCACGUCUCAUCUGUCAAGCUCGAACGACCUGCCUCUAAUGUCUUUACUGCGCCAUCCUUGGAACAAUUCUUUGGAUGUGUCUAAUGUGCAAUAUAGUUGCUGAUAUUCAGAAGGGCAGCAUUUUAUUGUCAUAAAAGCAACAAACCCUGUGAUACAAACAAGUACAGAACUUCACCCAAAACUGAUUCUUUUUCUCCUUGAAACCUUCAGAAAAUUUCGUCGGUGUACUUUUAUAUGGUGUAGCAUUAUUUAGAAAUAACUUCGUACCGUGGAAAUUCCAACCUUAUAACAGUGUUAGGAUUUAACCCCUGUUGUAUUUCGUGUGACCAUUGUUUAUGCCAUUCUGAUUGGCCCUGUUUCAUCGAGAGGUGAAACCCAAUGCUCUCGUCUGAUGCAGCAGGAAAGAUCGAAAUUUACUCUCUGCCAUGAGAAAGAUCAGCACAAGUUGUUAUUGAUUAAAACAAAAACGUGUUCCCAGGUCAUGUUUUCGUUAAAGUGUGUACGCCUCACGCUAUCUAUCCCGUUUCCAUUAGUUUGACCGAGAUUGCCCGUUGAUUAAGCUCUGUAUCGACCUUUUUGUUGCUGAUCUGUGAAAGCCCUUGUAGCAUCAUAAUUGGGAUGUUUGAAUUUGAAUGUUAAAUGUUGUCUUAUUCUA